UCUUAUCACCUCUAGAUGAUGCUCGUCCAACCCACUCCCGAACAACGCGUCAGCAUUCGCGAAGAAUUGCGUGAACCCGAAAACAAAGAAGAAAUUGAACGCGACAUUAAAUUGCUCCGUGAAUGGCUCGACACCCAACCCCAUUUGCCCAAGGAUAUGGAUGAUGUGCGUCUAACCACUUUCUUGCGUGGCUGCAAAUUCAGUUUGGAAAAGGUCAAGAAGAAGUUGGACAUGUACUAUACCAUGCGUAAUGCCAUCCCAGAAUUCUUUAGUGAACGUGAUAUUGCCCGUGAAGAAUUGAACAUGGUCUUGGAUUAUGCACAAAUCAUCACAUUGCCCGGUCUGACACCCAAUGGUCGCCGCAUCACUUUCAUUCGCGGUGUUGAUUGUGAUUUCCAAGCCAGCCAAGUCAACGAUGCCAUGAAGGUCACUCUUAUGUUGGGCGAUAUCCGUCUGGCCGAAGAGAAUGUCGGCAUUGCCGGUGAUAUCUUCGUUUUGGAUGCUGCCGUCGCCACCGCCUCUCAUUUUGCCAAAUUCUCGCCUACCGUCAUUAAGAAAUUCUUGAUUUGUGUCCAAGAAGCCUAUCCCGUCAAGGUCAAGGAAGUCCAUGUCUUCAAUACCUCACCCCUGGUAGAUACCAUCUUCAAGUUUGUCAAGCCCUUCGUCAAGGAGAAGCUCAUCAGCCGUGUCCACUUCCAUCCCGAUUUGGAAAGCCUUUACAAGAGUGUGCCAAAGGAUCUCUUGCCCGAAGAAUAUGGUGGCAAAGCUGGUAAAAUUAACGAUUUGAUCAGCCAAUGGAAGGCCAAGUUGGCCGAAUACACUCCCUGGUUCAAGGAACAGGAAACCAAGAAAGCCAACGAAUCUCUACGUCCCGGCUCACCCAAGACCAGUGAUGAUCUCUUCGGCAUGGAGGGCACCUUCAGACAAUUGAACAUCGAUUAAACCAAGAACCUCAUAACUCCACAUCAACC